UUAUCGUAUUGAUUACGUAGAGUAAUUUAUAUAUCACCAAAUAGAUCUAUCUAGACUAUCUAGCCUCGCAGUAGCUGCAGCACCGUUGACGGCGGCGGCAGUGCUUACCUAAUGGUGUUUGAGCAGAGGGGAGCAUCGGGCCUAUCAUCGGCACUCGUGCAUCCAAGCUCCUUUGCUCUCGCCUGCAGCAAAGUUGUGACACUAACGACAAACUUCCCCUCUCAAAGGUACUAACUAACCCAAGACCAAUUCGUGUUCGUCCGCUAGCGACCGCUCCUAGACCUCUAAGGUCCUCCGGUUGAGAUCGGGCCCGUCAGAAUGGUGGACCGGCGACAGUAGUGUCUUGUCCGUGAUAAGGCUUUUUUAGUCACUUCCGCCCGCGAGCUUUGAUAACGAUCCUGGAAGCCAUGUCUGGGCCUCAUUGAGUCCCUCCCGGACCUUUCUGGCCUGCAUCUUCAGGAGUCUGCUUUUCUUUUCCCUUCUGACAUCUGACUUUGACCUUCUUCCCCUCAUCCAGCUCCCCCAAUCGCAAGGCAAUGCCAACAGCUGCUGUGCCGAUUAAAUUCUUGCGUCAUCUGCUAUCAUCUCCCCUCCUCGCGCCUCUUUUGUCGCCAAACGAUCACAAGCUUCACAGCCUGCGGGCUUAAUUCCCCCUCCCGGUGGUGAUCUGGAAAAUACAGUGGUAGACUGUCUGUGUGAGGUGAUCCCUCAUCACAGUCUUCCUUCCGUUUGCGGUCAACGAUGGGUGUCUUCCGCUCCCGAGACAGCAGCGACUUUCGCAUAUCCGGGUUAUCCCCUCAUUGCUCUCCCUUGGGGGACGACCUAGACUCAGCUAGAACAGAGAUUCCGGUGGAACAUGCCAAUCAUGGCAGUCCACCUCGGUCAUCAGGGUUAGAUUCAAUGGUAUCUGGUGGUACCAGCUUCCGAACCCCAAGCCGGUCCUUUUACCACCGAUCAUUCCAUACUCCAGCAGGUACGCAGCUACAGAGACCUCCUCCCAGACUUUGGAUCCGCGAGAAAAGUUUGUCAUCUCUUGAUGUAUCCAGAUCUGACCUUUACAACCUAGACACGGCGCACUAUUCAACCCAUGGCCUCAGGGAGCAGACGGCCGAACUGGCGUCCUUUGCAUUAUCUCAUGAAUCGAAUACUCUUCCCCCUUCCUUGGAUAUUUUCCACUCCUCCCAAAGUCCGAACCGCCCAUCUUCUCCAGCAAUCAGUUUCGCAGCGCAAGGAAGGACGACUCUAGAACCCGGUCCUUCCUCCGUCCCCACCACCGGUUCGUCGGUCUUAACACAGCUAAUGCGCAAACCCGACAUUCCCGAAGCUGAUCGAGAUCACCGGGACAGAGCUUCAAACUGGGAUGAGUUAAGCGAGAGUGCAGCGUCUGAGGAUCAUUCCCUAGGAGGUGCAACGGGGGGUGCGCCUGCUACCGAGCAGACCUCUUUGUUGCCCAAGACAGUACAAGCAGGACCUUUUCAGAGCUAUGGAGGGACUGGUGAUGUUGAAAGCCAAGCCAUUACGGGGAACAAUAAAACAGAUGUACUUCCUGGAGCUGCUCACAAGCUUAGGAUGUGUUUCUGUACGCUAACGAAUCCGAAGUCGUGGGACGGACAGACUGUAUGGCGAGAUGGGAUUGUCUAUCCGCUCAGCUUUCUGCCGUCGGUAUUCCUUGGCCUUCUGCUCAAUAUCCUUGACGCUCUUUCGUACGGCAUGAUUCUUUUCCCGUUGAGCGAGCCGGUCUUUGCUGAUUUGGGCUCGGACGGUAUCUCGAUGUUUUACGUCAGUACCAUUAUUUCACAGCUGGUCUUCUCAUGUGGGGGCUCCAUUUUCAAAGGAGGAAUUGGGAGUGAGAUGAUCGAGGUUGUCCCAUUCUUUCACCAGAUGGCCUUCACCAUUCUCAAUCGGGUGGGUCAAGACAACCCGCAAGCUGUCUUGGCCACGACAAUUCUCUCCUUCUCGGUCAGCUCGGUUCUCACAGGUUUGGUUUUCUUCUUGAUGGGAACUUGUAAGCUGGGUGCUCUGAUUGGUUUCUUCCCACGUCACAUCUUGAUUGGAUGCAUCGGUGGUGUGGGAUUCUUCCUGCUGCUCACAGGUCUUGAAGUGUCUGCUCGACUACCGGGAGCUUUCGAUUUCAGCUUGGGGACACUUGAAAGGCUUAUGCAGCUGGACACGGUAUUUCUAUGGACGACACCGUUGUUGCUUGCCGUUGGUCUUCUUGUUUUGAAGCGUUUCUUACGUUCCAACUUCUUGGUUGGUGGAUAUUUCAUUGGCGUGGCGAUUGUAUUCUAUAUUGUGAAGUUCAGCGCCAGAGUACCUAUGGAUUCUUUGCGCGGCAAAGGGUGGGUAUUCGAUGCUCCAUCUUCGUCAAAUCCGUGGUACCACUUCUAUACUCUUUAUGAUUUCUCUGCUGUUGAUUGGUCUGCAUUCCUUGACACGAUACCUGCCAUGUUUGCACUUACGUUCUUCGGAGUACUUCACGUGCCUAUCAAUGUUCCAGCAUUAGGCAUCUCUACCGGCGAAGAUAACCUCAAUGUCGACCGUGAACUCAUUGCUCACGGUGUUACCAAUGCCUUGUCUGGCUUCGCUGGAAGUAUUCAGAACUACCUUGUAUAUACAAACAGUCUUCUGUUCAUUGAUAGCGGUGGCAACUCUCGUGUGGCAGGGGUCAUGCUUGCAGCUGCUACUGCAGGAAUCAUGGUCAUCGGUCCAGUUAUUGUCGGGUUCAUACCAGUAAUGGUUGUAGGAGCGCUCAUAUUCCUGUUGGGCAUCGAGCUGAUGCAGGAGGCCUUGGUUGAUACUUGGGGCAAAUUGCACCGACACGAGUAUCUGACGGUUGUGAUCAUCGUUGCGACCAUGGGUGCUUGGGACUUCGUAGUGGGUAUACUUGUCGGAAUCAUCCUCGCGUGUCUAAGCUUUGUCGUCCAAACUUCCCGCAAAUCCGCCAUUCGCGCCACCUUCUCGGGCAGAUUCACCGGCUCAACGGUCAGGCGCCCGCCUAUUCAGCAAAGCUUCCUGAAGGAAGCAGGGCAGCAGUCACUCAUCAUCAAGCUUGGUGGAUAUCUGUUCUUUGGGACCAUCGUGAGUGUGGAAAACACCAUGAGGGGACUUAUUGAGGAGGAAGCGUUCAACAAACGCCCCAUCAGGUUCCUGAUUCUGGACUUCUCCCGUGUUUAUGGCAUCGACUUCUCCGCAGCAGAAGCAUUCACUCGCAUCAACCGUAUUCUGAGAAAACGAAAUGUGCAGAUGACAAUCUCGGGCCUCGAUGUAGGAGGAGACGUUGGAAAAAGCCUCCAGAAUGUGGGGCUAUUCGAGCCCGUGAAUGGAGUUGAGAUCUUCGAGGAUCUAAACUCAGCGCUCGAGUUCUGUGAGAAUGACUACCUGAAGGUCUUUUACAGCCAUAGGGAAGCCUUGUUAAACGGCAAGAACAAGUCGUCAGCCUUCCUCGAAGUACCUACGCCCCAGGGUCAGUCUCAUCUCGGCGAUGCGGUAGUAAGUUCACCUCGUCAGCAGUACUUGCAGCAAGCCGCUAGAACGACUCUUCACGAGAACGAAAUGGCGGUUGUUCAACCAGCUGCAUGGUCCGCAAUGCGACAGCCCCUGCCGCUUCUCCUACAGACGUUCCAGGGAUUGACGUCUCGCAACGAGGAUUUUUGGUUUAAGGCUUGCACGUAUUUCGUCCGCGAAAGCUACGCGGCUGGCACUGUACUGUAUCACGAAGGCGAUGUUCCGAAAGGCUUUUAUCUGCUGGAAUCGGGAAUGUUACGCGCAGAGUAUGAGCUGCCUCAAGGACGAUACUUCGAAAUCAUUGUCGCCGGACGGCCCUGUGGCGAGCUACCAUUCUUCAGCGAAACGCGACGGACAGCAACCGUCAAAGCCGAGCAGGACUGCGUGAGCUGGUGCUUGACUGCGGAGAAAUGGCAAACAAUGCGCGAGCGUGAGCCAGAGAUUGCGCGAGAGCUGCUAACAGUUAGCCUCAAGCUGACGACGGAGCGAAUGGACAGUAUUACUUCGUAAGUGACGCCAACUAUACUUGAAUCGAGCAAAACUGACCGCUUCCAGAUAUGUUCUUACGACGGCAGCUUGAUUACCUCAUGCCGUCCUGUACUUGGCAAGCCACACAUAAUCUGUAUCGCAUUUUGGGGUGGACAUUUGUUGCAUAUGUAAUGACCUAAUGUGGAAUGCGUUUGAAUAUUAUUCUUGAUUACAUAUUCAGAGAUGGGAUUGUAUUAUACAACCACUAGAAGGGUAGGCGCUCACGCAACCCUCAAGACCCAUGAGAGGAUCUGUCACCAGCCGACACCACAACGCAUGACCGCCGACGAGGAAUGAACCGAACCACUAGCAAAGUCGAACCAUAUCCAUUGUCCUCGGGUCCGGCAACACCAACCACUAGCCCAUAAGACACCCUCAAGUGGCACGGAGUACAUGGAAAGCAUUCCGCCCACCAAUAGGAAAAAGUAAUUGCGAUUGCAGACAACGAUCGAUCGAACAAUGGCGUGACAAGCACGAGCCGAUCAAUCCGUCAGUCAGACGACCCUGCUGCCC